AUGGGGCUGGUCUUGGGUGCCUAUGGCUCCAAAGGGCUAGGCGCUAGCCACUUCGAUACGCCUUGUGGCAUUGUUGCUGACCGAGAGAACAAGGUUGUUGUCUCUGACUUGCUGAACCAUCGCCUACAAGUCUUGAAGUUCAACCCGAGGACACGCGAGUUGGUGUUCCUGCAGACAGUGGGCUGCGAAGGAGGUGGCCCAGGUCAGUUCUUUUUUCCCAAAGGGCUUGGCCUUACUGAGAACGGAGGGCUGUUGGUUUGUGACUCCGCAAACAACCGAGUGCAGAUUUUGGACAUGGACGGCUUCAAGUUCAUUCGAGAGUUUGGAUCAUAUGGCUUUGGCGAUGGGCAGUUUGACGCACCUUUGGCGGCCACCAUCACCUGCACCGGUGAUAUCCUUAUUUCCGAUGGGAACAAUCGCAUCCAGGUUUUUGACGGGAAGGGCAGCUUCCUCCGUUCCUUCGGCGUCCGUGGGAAGAAGGACGGCUUUUUCCACUAUCCAGUCGGCAUCGCUGUAAACGAUGAAAAUGCCCUCUUUGUGUGCGACCAAGGGAACCAUCGCAUUCAGGUCUUCAAUGCAUCUGAUGGCAGCUUCAUCCACAAGUGGGGAGGCUGCAAAAAGAAGAAGGAGCCGCCAGCGGAGGACGAGGGGCCUCCACCCGAUUCAGAUGGUGACGAUGAUCCAAAACCAGAUGAAUGGCAAGGCUUGAGGUCCCCUGCCGGCAUUGCAGUGAAUGCCAGCGGCAUGAUCGUGGUCACAGACUACCACACACAUGGCAUCUACGCUUUCUGA